AUGUUACACCGUCUCCUUUCUAUAAUUGGCACUGGAUCUGCUUUACUUCUGGCAGUAUAUGCCCAGUCAUCACCAAGCGUAUGCUCAAACUUCACCAUCAUCAUCAACUCUCAAGAUACAUUAGAGGCCGCUCAAGCUUGUACCACGGUCUCAGGUGAUAUCGUGAUUCAAUAUGGGCCAACUCUGCCUCCCGAGAUCGAAUUCCCUAUACUUGAGCAAGUAGAUGGAUCCUUGCUCUCCCUCGAUGUCGGCGAGAAUAUUCUUGCCUGGCGACUUUCGGCUCCAAAGCUCGAGAGGGUUGUGAACGACUUUUAUUUAUCCCGCUGGGUCAAUCUAACAACCAUUGACAUGCCUCGAUUCGAUCACGCUGAAAGGGUCCGGUUAAAUCACCUUCCGAAUCUCACGACGGCUCACUUCCUGUCCACUGUCUCCAGGCUUGAUUGGAACUACGAGAUACGUAACACAUCCCUCGCCAACAUUACCAACGACAGAUUGCUGUAUUCCACUUUUGUCGAGAUCUCUGAUAAUCCCAAUUUGGAGACCUUCGAGAUGUUGGCCCUUCGAAAUGCAUCUUUCAACGUCGCCUUGAGGAGGAAUCGGCCAGGAGUGGCUGUCCGCUUGAACGACCUCACAGAAGUGUGGCACUUGGAACUGCAAGAAAUAUCUUCCCUUUCGGUGCCGGCCUUGAAAAAUGUCAUUGGAUAUUUUACUGUCAACGCAAGCAGCUUGAGUACUUUGAGUGCGCCGACCUUGGAGACUGUCGGUACCUGGUAUGACCCACAGAUUACCAUCACCAACAAUCGUGGGUUGAUCAUCACCAACAAUCAAUUGCUCGAUUCUAUGAGCUUCCCACAGUUGAAGGACGUCAGGUUAGACCUGUCAAUUCGGAACAAUACCUCCCUUGAGGUUCUUGAUUUUCCAGAGUUAGAGCGUGUGGCCGGAAAUGUUGCCUUGGAAGGACCAUUUUCCCACAUCACUUUCCCGGAACUAAACAGAGUAGGCGGGGAGUUGACGAUUGGCGUAGAGACGUCGCCAACAAUAUGUGGCCCGUUCGUUGACUUGAAAAAUAACGGCAGCAUCCGAGGGGAUCUUUCAUGUCCAGAUUUCUCGGAGCCCUCGCAACUCGAUCUAGACGCGGACGGUAUGCAGGAGUACAUUGACGACUACCUUGAAUGGGCUGCCAAAGGCCAAACUAAUACUGGACCAAGUACAGCUAUACCUGCUGCUUUCACCGAAAUCAUGGUGAUUGUUAUUUGCUGUGGACUUUUGCUUCGAGUUUGGUAG